UUACUAUCCUGUAAGUGCCAUGAAUAAUGGAUUUGGCAAUUUCGUAAAGGUUUUGUGGCUUGUUCCAAUACACUAAACAUAAACAUAGUAUGAUCACACAUUUAAUAAUAUAUUUCCUAUUCAGCAUUGUUACUUUAACCAGUGGCGAUGUUGAGAAGUUAGAUGCUGACUUGGAAUGGGAAGCAUUCAAGGCUAAAUUUAAUAAAUUUUAUCCAUCUCUUGACGAAGAAAUAUUUCGAAAAGCAGUUUUCAAAGAUAAUUUGAAUUUCAUCAAUUACCAUAAUCAGAUGUAUGAUGAGGGUGAAGUGCCAUUCGCUUUGGGGGUGAACCAAUAUACCGAUUUGACGAAGGAUGAAUACAUUCAGAACGUAUUAUCCCAUAGUGAUCUGGAUAAAAGAAUUGGUUCAUAUGCUUGGUUACGGCCGCGAAUGAUACGAUCUAAAAGCUGAUUUAUAAUAAUUUUAUUAUGAGAUAAUAUACUUAUGUUUGUAGAGAUUA